UUAAAAAUUAAUAAACUUUACUAACAGGAGAACCAUUAAAAACUGAUCCAUCCCAACAAUGAGUGACAGUGAAACCGAGGAGGAAGAUUUCUCCGUAAGUGAAGAUGAGUGGUUACCGGAAAUAGCUAGGCCAUCAGAGUACACUGGCUCUGGACCAAGCAAAAAACGAGUUCGGAGCUCAGUUAAUUAUGAAUCUUCCGAAAGUGAAUCCGGGAGCGUCGACGAAGAUGAGUCACCAAUAAGUAAAAGUCGAGUGAAGGGCAAAAUGCGCCAGACCGUGGGACACCGCAAAGGUCGCUCGUCAGCUAAACUGAUUCUAUCAAGUUCAGAACGGAAAUCUCUGUACGAUAAAUAUCGUUCCAAAAGUGCAGGCGUUCAAAAAGCACAACACAGUAUUGGUGAUUCUGAAAGCAGUGGAGAUGAACACUUGGUGAAUCCGGAACAGUUAGAUUUAAGCUCGGAUUUCUUUAAAUCAGGUCCUUCCGGAGCAGGGCCAUCUGAAGCAGCCCACCCAGAUUUUGACUGCAACGCUGGAAUGCAUCUUUCCGAUUCCUCUGACGAAGAUAAGAAAGAAACACUGUCGUUUGUCGAGAGCGCAGAAACAAAAGGGGAUACAAAUCGAAAAUUAAUAGCGGAUAUAAAUAAAAAGUCGUCCAGCUUUGUGCAGUUUGAAAAUCUUGAAAAAUUCAAUAAAAUAGUAGAACAAGCCAAGGAACGAGUUUCGUCAUACAAUGCCCUAGAGGGUAAGUCGGAUAAUUCUACAGACGUUGGGGUUCUGCUUGCUAUGGGAGAACAUCACACCAAGGAAAAAGGAAAAGAAUCUAAAUCACUCGCUAAAAUUCAAAAGACUAAGAAAGAUUCGGAUUCUGAUUGGGAAGAAGUUGAGUCUAAAGACGGUACGCAAAAACCAGGUGAUGUUCAAAUCACUUUGAGCCAGGAAACAUCUGCAGUACAGAAAAAGAAACAACCGGGUGAGUUCGAUAUGGAGGCAUGCAUCAAACGAGUUAUUAAUCGCGAUAAACGUGAAAAUCAGAUUGUGCUGCACAAAGUAAACGUUCUAAUGGCGAUUAGUCACGGAAAUUUUGUUAAUGCGGCUCUCAACAACACAAAACUACUCGCACUGGCACUAACAAUGAUUCCUUCACAAAAAUGCUAUCCAAAAAAUCGCACAAAUCUAGCUUACUUCGAGCAGAUCGUGAAGUUCUACCGCCAAGUAGUAGAUCUGAAGGACAAACGAAUGCAUUGCCGUUUCAAAAAGCUACCUUCACUGGAGACUUCGCUUAGACUGCAGAUGCUUACGAAGGCAGCUAUAUGUAAACGAGAUUACAUUCUAAUUUUUAUUAUUUUGCUACGAGCAAUCGGUGUCCAAUGUCGGCUGGUGAUGUCCCUUGUGGUGGCGCCGAAGAAACUGCCCCAAAGUGAACUGUUUCAGUCUAGUACAGCAAAAGCCAAAAAUCCAGAUAAACAAGUAGAUCGCCACAAGACGGUGGCCUCCAGUUCCAGAAAUAAUAAAACUAAAAACAAGAAGGAGGAGUCUAAAAAGCAAUCUGAAACUAAAAAUGUUAAAAGAAAACUAGAAAAAACCUUGAAAGUUCCCCAAUUAGACGGAAAUGAUGGCGAUAUUCCAGUGAAGAAAACUAAACUAACUAGUUCCAAACAAAAGGUUGAUUCAAAAUCUACCGCUUCGCAGAGACCGGCAUCGAAUUUGACCGAAACAACAUUAUUUUCGCCAAGAAAAACACGCAGGCAACGUCAAAAUGAAUCAAAAAAUCCAGUAAACACUCAGACCCAGGUUAAGCAACCGGAAGUUGAAGCAUCGUCCUCAUCAUCUAUUCUAGUAAGAAAACAAUACAGCAAUAAGAAACCCGACCAAGUCCAGUCGUUAAAUAGUGAAAUCUCUUCAAAACAAACAAAAAAGUCAAAAAAAGAAACUGGAGACAAAAAGCCGACUGACGUUCAAAUCAAACCAGAGUCAUUAUCCGUCUCUAAAAAGAAAUCCAGUUCUGGUAAAGUAUUCAAAUCCCCUCCGUCAGCCACCAAAAUAGUUAAAAUAGAAUACGUCGAUAAAAAUCUGAAGCGACGGCUGGACCGUCGAGUUUUAUCCACCGAUGAUGAGUGCAAACCGCACCCAAACGAGUCGGCUGCUGCGAAAUCUAAAUCCAGUGUCAAUGUGUGGAUCGAAGUUUACGCCGAGGAAGAGGAACAAUGGAUUCCAGUCGACGUAGUCAGCGGUAAAGUACACUGCUUGGAGAACAUUGUUAAACUUGCUAGCUCUCCGAUAGUUUACGUUCUGGCAUGGAACAACGAUGGUACUAUCAAGGAUGUUACCACGCGGUAUUGUUCGAAUUAUGCAACCAGCACUAAAAAGCUUCGCGUCGAAGAAGACUGGCUGUAUGAAACAUUGCGCAAAUUCAAAGGGAAACGGUCCGCUCGAGAUAUCGAGGAAGAUCGUAGCUUGAAUCAGGCAUUGAUGGAGCAACCUCUACCGACGGCCAUUAACGAGUACAAGAAUCAUCCGCUGUACGCGCUGAAGCGGCAUCUGCUCAAGUUCGAGGCUAUUUAUCCGCCGGAUGCACCGACGUUGGGUUUUAUUCGCGAAGAACCUGUGUAUGCACGAGAGUGCGUUCACACGUUGCAUUCCCGCGAAAUCUGGCUGAAACAAGCAAGAACAGUGAAACUGUUCGAAACGGCUUACAAAGUGGUAAAUGCACGGCCCAAAUACGAUCGAGCUUCUGGUAAAAUGUUGGCAGCUCAACCGCUAGAACUGUACGGCUACUGGCAAACGCAAGACUAUGAACCACCAACGGCAGAGGAUGGUAUUGUACCGCGCAAUGCUUAUGGCAACGUAGAACUGUUCAAACCAUGCAUGCUUCCGAAAAAGACUGUUCAUCUGCAGCUCCCAGGAUUGAAUCGAAUUUGCAAAAAACUGGGAAUCGAUUGUGCACAAGCAGUUACGGGGUUCGAUUUUCAUGGUGGAAGCAGUCAUCCGGUGUACGACGGUUUCGUGGUAUGCGAAGAGUACAAAGAUCUGGUAGUGGAUGCUUGGUACCAAGAGCAGGAACAAGACGAAAAGCGCGAACGUGAAAAGUACGAGAAACGUGUUUACGGAAAUUGGAAAAAGCUGAUCAAAGGAUUGCUAAUUCGCAAAAAGCUGCAAAAUAAAUAUAACUUUGAUAACUUGUCCGGUUGAAUUUGUUGUAAAAUUUAAUCUAUUCGUGAUUGUAAUGUCAUCGAAAAUAUAAAUAUUUAA